UUAAUGUCGUCAUCAAUACGCUCACCAAGUGUGGCUGGCAAGGUGUAAAGCCACACGUUUCCCCCCCUCCAAGUCCAUUUAAUGCUGUUGGGACGAUCGCUCAUCGCCUAUCCGACAGCAUAAAAUGUCUUCACUGCUCAAAGUGGAUAAUGAAAUCAAAACUAAGGUUGAUGCAUUCAGAGAACGUAUCACUGCAGAGGCAGAAAACCUAGUUGCAAGUUUUUUCCCCAAGAAGUUACUGGAGCUUGAUCAAUUCCUCAAGGAGCCAAUCAUAAACAUUGUCGAGCUGAAGGAGAUCCACUCAGACAUCAACCUUACAGUGCCCGACCCCAUCCUGCUCUCCAACCUCCACGAUGGACUCGAUUCGCAAAAUGCCAAAAAGAGAAAGCUGGAUGACGGAGACGUCGAGGACAAGGUGACCGGCACCAAGGUCUUCGUCAUGCCAGGCGGAAUGAUGAAGAGCAACGGCAACCUGGUGGAUCUCAUUGAAAAAGUCAAACCGGAGAUCCGAACGCUCAUCGAAAAAUGCAACACGGUCAAAAUGUGGGUGCAGCUGCUCAUUCCAAGGAUAGAAGACGGCAACAACUUUGGGGUGUCGAUCCAGGAGGAGACUGUGGCCGAGCUGAGGACGGUGGAAGGCGAGGCGGCCUCUUACCUCGACCAGAUAUCCAGAUACUACAUCACUCGAGCGAAGCUGGUUUCCAAAAUAGCAAAAUAUCCUCAUGUGGAGGACUAUCGGCGUACGGUAACCGAGAUCGACGAGAAGGAAUACAUCAGUCUGAAGAUCAUCGUGUCGGAGCUUCGAAAUCAAUACGUGGCGUUACACGACAUGAUUCUGAAGAAUAUCGAGAAGAUCAAGAGGCCUCGGAGCAGUAACGCUGAAGCUUUGUACUGAGCGCUGCCAAAGUGCAAGCACGCACCUUCCGUCAUUUCAAUACAAUCAAGCAAAGCCCGUACAUGCAGAUGGACGCCACACCUUUUUUUUUUUAAUGUAAGAGACUUCCCCCCCCCCCCCCAGGUUUAACGAGCUCAAAUGCUCGGGAAGUCGCAUUCUCCACACGAGUGCACCUUUUUUUUAAUUUGAGAACGUUGGAGUGGUUUGAUUUGUAGCGCUUACAUGAAGGUUCCAGAGCAACUUUUGUUCUGUCUGAACAGUGGCUAACGAGGAAUAUUGUGUCGUGCAGUCAGCUUUUAGGUUCACGAAAAAAAUCACCUCGUUAAAAUAUUGAUCUUAUUGAUUUUUUUUUUUUUUAAGUAAUGUGGGAUUUUAUUUCCAUCUGCUUCACGUUGCAGUACAGGCUUUGGCCUGUAGGCGCCAGUGUGGCGUAGACAAGUUAAAGGACUCAAAAGAACAUUAAGUUAACACCCUGAAAAUAAUUGUUCUCAUCACAUGACACCAUUUUCCCUCAAUAAAAUAAUUUUUUUCUAAAAACA